UGGCCUGCUGGCAACAGUCUGCCUCAUGCAGCCCAGGAUACCAUUGGCCUUCUUAACAGCAGAACUUCUCCAGAUUCCUUUAAGUGUUGUUGAGGAAGCUGGAAACUAUAAACAGGAUAUUGAAGCUACUUGGGAAGAAGCAGAGCUUCCUUCACUUCCUCAAGCACAAAACAUACAACCUGAUCACCAACCUCCUGCAGAACUAGAAGCUGAAAACAGUAAUCCAGGAACUGUCAAGGUGAAGGCACCCACUAAAAUAAGUGUCAGUGACCAAGAGCAAAGGAGCGCAUUCAGCAAGAGCAAAAGGCACAAGUCUUGCACAUCUGUGAAAAUGAUUCUUCAGAGCAGAAUUUUUUUCUUUAGCAGAUCAAGCAGAAACAACACUGCAGCUACUGGUAACAUUGAUGCCUGUGCUCAGGGAGAUGUGUCCACUGUCACAACCAAGUUUUAUUCCAGAUUAGUAAUUUUCAAGACACCAGCUUUGCACACACCUGCACUAAAUGAACAUGUUUACACCAUCUCUGCCAAUGGCAGCUCCCUUGCUGACAUCAAUGAUAUCUUCAUUUCAGUCCCUGUUGGAGGAGGGGAGAGCAUUUGUUUAAGACCAUGUGACUUGACCAAGAAGAAUCUUUACCUGAGUGCAGAGGCACAAGGAAUUGUGAACAAGCUAUCAGUAAAUCUAUUUUCAGUCAUGAACUGCAGUUGUAAUGCUGCGUUGUAACUGUAGUUAGUCACUGGACUGAGCUCCCUCUGUCUUGUAUCUUUGCUCAUGCUGCUGGUCAAGGAAAAAGCAUGAACUGAGAAGGAAAGGAGGGGAAUAGCUUUAUCUCAAUCUGGCUUGAUCCGAACUACAGAUAAUUCUCUUGUUGGAAGAGAACUAUUGUCAGUGUUUUGAGAAAAUGGAUCAAAACUGAACAUUUCUUCCACUUCUGGCAGAAGUGGUAAGCAGUUGUGUACUGAUUAACUUGUUUCCUUCUAGGUUCAUCUCACAAGCAUGCAGUGGUGCAAAUGCUCAUAAAUGAAAUCUAAUGUUCACGUUCCUCUGUAAAUAUGGAACAUUGCAUUUGGGACUGAUUAGUUCUUGCUCUAAUUUCUUCCUUCCAUUACUUUACAGAAUGGAAGUUAGGAACAGAUUUUUCUACCUAUAAUAUGUAAUGCUAUUAGAAUAAAUUGCCUUUUCUAUUAAAUUUGGGAGAAAAAUACUUUAUUUCCUCUAAGGCUGAGACCAAGGUACAGUUAUCUUGGGCUUGCAGACUAGCAAGCUGGAUAAUAGCAAGAUGCUAGAAUAGCCUCUCUAAAGACCUAAGUGGUGGAUACAAGUGACUGAAGUUUGUAUCUGUCUGGGGAAAAAGCAGCAGAUCAGGUUCGUGCUUCUUCCCAGGCAUGUCCUUUUUCUGCUGAUGUGCUUCAAAGGUGAUGGUGAUCUCAGUGUAGUAGCUGAGAUACCUAAAGGCAUGUUACUGGUGAUGGGGACUAUAUGUAAAACUUCUUGUAGUUCAUGAUGCUGCCAUGAAUAGUGAGGGAAGGGGGAGGGUACAGUAAAAUCCUGUGGUUCUUUCUGAAGCUAUUCUCUGUAAAACCUCAGAGGAGAUCAAACUUGUGCAUUUUAUUGUUUUUGAAAAAAUAAAGGAUCAUAGGUAGUUUACAGAGCUGACAGCUAGACCUCUGAUUAACUAGCUUCUUGUGAGUCACCUUAGAGCUACUGGGAUGCCUCUAAUGUAAGGCAACUUUGCUUUUCCAAUACCACUUUCAAAAUCAUUAGGCGAAGCAGUACUUGUAGAAUUGAGUAUGGACAGGGAAGAAGAAAGCCAGGCAUAGUAGAACAAUGUUUAGCUCAAUCUAAUUUGAAUUGUACUCAAAGGUCUUCCUUGUUUUUCAGAGUCACUUUUUUGGCCACAUGGACCCCUUAGCACCCCUCUAGUGCGCUCUGGGCUCCUCUUUCAGUCUCCCUUCUGCCCCAGAGGUAUAUCUUGGCCCUCUAGACCCCUGAGGACCCUUCUAGUCCACUCUGAACCCUUCCGGGGCCCUUUGUCAUGCCCUGGAGCCCUGUGUUGGCCCUCCAGCCCCCUUGACAGCCCUCUGUUCUGCUUUGGUGUUGUGGAAACAGUUUGAUCCUAGGUUUCUGAGGAGCAAAGUCUCAUGCAUGUAUAGCAGCAAAAUUAUUUAAAUGAUGUUACAGCAUAGUAACAGCUCAAGCUGGGUGCCUCCAGGAAGGGACCCUGCCCAAAGAAAUUCUGGGGUAAUUAUACCCUUUACAGUUUUAUUUCCCAGCCUGGGCCUUUAUCCCAGGCUGGUUGCCAUGUCCUUGUUUCCCAUAGUCCCUUAUCUUCUCAAAGGUCAACCACAACCCAGGUGCAUCCCAUCUUGUCUCUUGCAUUCUACUUUGUAUCCUCAUUAGCUAGCUUUGGUAUCUUUAUUAGCUGGUUUUAAUCAGUGCUGAUGUAACUGCAAAAGUUUCUCAAGUUCAUUGGCAGUUUGGCCUUGAGGCCUGCAGGCUUCAUCUACUUUAGGCUCUUACAGUAAGCAAGAGUUGGACUUAUGCUAAGCUGAAGCUUAGUCAGCUACACUUUCCUUCUCUAACAGUGCUGAAGCUAAAUCAGUUAAAAGUUCCUUCUCUAACAGUCAGCUCCCUCUUCUGGCCUUUUAUCUUCCCCCACAGACCUCUGCUGGUCCCCUAGACCUCUUAGCACACCCCUCUAGUGUGCUCUGGACUCUCCUUCCCGUCAUCUUUGAGCCCCAGAGCUGUCUUUUGGACCUGCAGCCCCUUUAACCCUGUCUAGUCCCUUCAGAAGCCCUCUAGAGUCCUCCUUUGGCCCUCCAGCCCUCUUUGCAGCCCUCUAGUCUACUCUGGAUCCCUCUUUUGGCCAAAAUUGUUCCCCAGAGGCUUUUUCUUGGCUGUUGGUUCCCUUAGGACCCCUCUUGUGCCCUAACAUUACAAUCAGAAGGGAGAGAAAGUGUAGAGCCCUAUGUGGAGUCUUUUUCUGUGUUGGUGCUUCCUGUUGUGUGGAGGUGUGGGGUGGAAGGGGCUUGGGUUUGACUAUCCCUGGACACAGCUGGGAGGGGUGGGGAGGUGGCACAAAGGAUAGCUCCUGUUGUGGCAGGCAUGCCCCAGGGUACAGUUCAAAACCAUGUUUAAGGUCAAUUUGAGUCAGGCACACUUAAAGUAGCCCUAAGUUAUUUACUUGAGAAUUGUAGCUAGGGAGACAAGGAGAUGGAUAGAAGGAAAAAACUCCCAGGCACCCUGGGGCCUCCUUCAGCCCCAGGCAUAGUGUGGUAACCUAGGCACCAACUCAUUGAAACCCCUGCUGAGCCUCACUAAGCCCUGUGCCCUCCUGUAUGGCUGCCCCAAAGCUGUGUGGUUCCCUAGUCCAGUAUGUGUCAAUGGCUCUUCUGUUGCCCUGACAUCCACACCCCAGGCACUUGUAUGCUGCACAGGGGUGUGGAUGUCUCUGGCAGUGGCACAGCAGCCUGAUGCCUCUUGUCUGGGACUUGGGGUCCCUCACAAUUUUUUUUUUCUGAUGGGAUACUAGACCAGCAGCUCCUCCUGCAAAACUGACAGCCACAUGCAGCACUUCUAUGUGCUCAGUACGCAUCUGGGAUGGCACCCCUGGCCUGAGGGCCCUGCAGAUUCCCACCCUUUCUGCAACCAGCUUCCCCCAAAGCCAUGAAACCACCCACAAAUCCUGCCCCCACAGAUCCCAAAAUGCCUCCAAACCCUGCUGCAACAUUGUCACUGGCUCUAGGCCUUCCCCUAAGCUCUGUCCCCAAGCAAUCCUAAAACUGCUCCCAGACCCUGUCCCCACAGCAAUGAGGUGCCCUAAUAAAUAUGGGGUGUGAUCUGUCUCCCCCUUGACUCAGUCCUGCUUUAUAGAAAGGAGAAUUUACAGCACUUUUUGGUGAAGAACAUGCACAAAUGAUAAACAGAUUUUUCUCUCUCUUUUUCUGAGCCCUCUGUGUGUGCAUGAGGGCUCUCUAAAUGCAGCUGGUCUGCAAUAACUGUGCUGUGUGCAAUGCUAAAGGAGAACAUUAACAUGAAAUUGCAGGCUAAGGAAUAACCUAAAAAAAAAAAGAGGCUCAGGAAAAGCCUAAGAGAACACUGAAGGGCUAGGGGAAGCCCCAACUGUACUAUAGGGGAAAAAGUGUGGGUUUUAGGCAUGUCUUUAGAGAAGGAGAUGCGUUACUCCAGCCUGUAGGACAAUGGGUGCUAUUAAUUAACACCUUUAAUUACCAAAAGUGUUGUGAAAGCAGAAGGGGCUAGAGAUGAUGCAUAGCAGAUUACAGACUAUAUGUAAAGUUUAAACAAACAACAAUCCCCUCUUAAAAUAGAAACAGGUUAGUCCUAAGUAGUAGAUGAAUGUAGCUUUGAGUAAUGUAAAGAGCAGGGGUUAUGUCAAUCACCCUGAAAGCCUUAGAGAAGCAGUCCAAAAAUCUGAUACCCUUGCAGCCUUGUUGGUCUUUUUGCUUUGUUUGGCAGGGUAAUCCACUGAAGGAGGGCAUCGUGAAGAGAAGAAGCCUAGAACUAGUGAUCCAGUUGUUCACUUUGGUCAUCACCUUUGAGGUAAGCAUCCACGUAUAGGAGGAAUCUAGGAGAUCUAUCAAAAAGGUAAUAGGUUUGAAACAGAGGCAGGCAAAUUAAAUGCUCUUAUUCUUCCAUGCAGUUAAAAUUUGAGAGGAUCGUGGGUUAAGCAUGUGUAUACAAGGGUUUGAGAAAGGAUACUGGACAGUACAGUAAUACCAAACCAGAGUAAACAUAACGUUUCAUGGAAGAUGGUGUAGGUAAGUAUUAGGUGACAUGCCUCCCUGUCUAAUAACCUAGUUCUAACUGCUGUAUGUAAUCUUUCCAAACAGUUAACACAGCAUUUGCCAUCAUACUUACAGGGUAAAGACUGUGAGACUGUGUUAAGGUGGCAAGUGCUGUGAUUCUCCCAGUUUUCCUUUAAGGAAAAGAGGGGAGGGGAAAAAAUAUGGUAAAGAGAAAAAGAACAUGCAUAAACCUAGAGUGCUUCAUUGAAGGUAAAAUGCAAGUUUCUCUCUGUUAUAGAGAUGGAAGCAAUGAUAGCAAAUGCUGACAAAGAAAAGAUGGAUGAGCAGUUUUUUGUGAUAAAUACCUAAGGGACUGGAUGAAACAAGGAAGCAAAAAUGCAGUGGACCCUUGAUAUCACCAGAAACUGCUACAGUAGGAGAUGUUCUGGCAGGAGGUGUUCUGGCAUGGGUAACUUGAUAAUGAGUGUUUGUUAUUUCGGCCUCCUAGAGGCAGGACUGGGGACUAAAUAACCCUACCAUGUGGAUAUUGUUAACUGUAUCUGGCCGAGCUUUGCUUUGGUUGUUUCUGUUUGGUGUUGUUAUCUUAUAUGCAUGUACAAAAAGAGACAGAUAUAAUACUUUUUAGAUUAAUUGCUAUGGCUGAAGUUGAAGAGACCAGAAAAACAUAAACGAGCUGAAGUAAUAAAAUCAAAUAGAUCCAA